CAUCAUGAAUUUUUUUUAAUUUUUGAAGUUUAAAACUAGAUCAAAAAUCGAAUCGAAUUGCUAAUACUUUUGCAGAUUCUUUAGAAACUUCUCCUGGUGUGUUAGGAACAUUUGUAGAUGAUGUUGGAGCUGCAGAUUUUAUUGGGUCUUUAAAUGGUUCUUUAGAUAUUACUUCUCGUGAUUCAAGAAGUUUUGCAGAUUUUGAAAAUGUUUUUGUUGGUUUUAAUUGUUUUGCAGAUUUUUUUUUAGAAAUUUCUCCUGGUGGUUUAGGAACAGUUGCGAAUGUAAUUGAAACAGUAGGUUGUGUUGUAUCUUUAGCAGAUUCUUUAGAAACUUCUUCUGGUGCUACACAAAUUUACGAACAUUUGUUGAUGUUGUAAUUAUUAAGAUCUUUCAAAAUAUUUUGUUGCUUCCAUUAAAACUUCUCUUGUUGGUUAGUAUUUUAGGUAUUCUUGACUAUCCAUUUAAAUCUAUUAAUAUCAUUAUCAUCCACAUCAUCAUCUUAUGAAAUUUAUAAAUUAAAAGUUUUAAAGCAGUAAAUCGACUUGUUCACAAAAACCUUAAAAUAAUUUUGAUAAAACAACUCUAAAACAGCUUUUUCCAACAGCUGGUCGUAAAAAAUAUUCGCGAAAUAGAUUUUUUUAACAAAAAGUUAUGCACCGACUAUGAAUAUCAGCUUAAGUUUCAAUGCAUCGCUUGCAUUUCGUGUCCACUUAUUCAGUUUAUAUGUCACGCCUGAUGAAAUUAGUACAAGUGUGAACUAAAAACCUUAAGAAUUCAGCAAAAAUCUUUAAAAGCGCGGAGACAAAAUCCUCUCACAAUAUGGAGAAUUCAAUUUUCUUUCAGGUUCCACUAGACUUUCAGUUUCUCUCUGUGUGUCACUACAUUAUCAAUUUGGGAAUUAUUUUUAACCAGGAAAAUUUAAUUACAAUCGAUGAAAGCAAUCGGACGAUCAUUAUACUGAAUAAAUUGUUCGAUUAUCUCGACAGUUCGGAAAAUGAAUCAGACACGAAAUUUCAACUGCUACACAAAAUGUUGAAGGGAACGGAUUUAUACGGUGGUGGUGAUUAUCAAGAACUAGACAUGAAAUACGUUAAUGAAACCUAUCAAUACAUCAUUGGUACUACACUCUUUGCUCACUACGGUAACAUUAACGAAUAUUUAGCUCGAGUAAUUCGACAAUCUGACGACAUAACAUAUUCGGUAUUUAAGGAAAACGUGUUUAACCACUUUUCCCAAAAUUACCAAAUUCGGGAUUAUUGUUCAAAAGAUGGCAAAACGAAUACAAAACUCACUGAUUUUGCAAUGGAAAAAAUUUUCAACGAUUAUAUUUGGCAAAUAUUUCCCGAACCAGAAUCAAAAGAAAUGAGUAUAUUGGACGUUGAUUAUAUAUAUGCAAUGAUUGGUUUAAAUAUUGUCCGUUCAACACCAGGUGAUGUACCAUUAUGUGAUUUUAAAAAUUGUCUAAUAAUUGCCCAAGAGCAUGAUUAUCAAGAAGAUAAUAAUGAAUCAACUUAUAAGAUGUUUUUAACUUUAUUCUCAACAUCCGCACUAUUUUAUUAUGCCCAUAAUGAAAAAUCACAGUUUGAUAAUCAAAUAUCCAAACUAGAUGAUAAAUUCUGGAAUGAAGCAUAUCAGAAAUUCUUUUUAUAUUUUCAUUCUUCAGUUAAUAAUUUUGUGCAACAAAUUAUUGAUAAUAAUCUUUAUGAUAAACUUCUGACUGAAAGGGAAUUGUUAAAAAAUCGUACAGUUAUUGCCAAACAAUUAUUAGCCGAUCAUUGUGGAUUUAAGCCUGAUGACAAAGAUGUGGCAUUAUUUAAGACACUACCCCAUUGGAUGGUGAAAACCACAUUUACUUCAUGUAAUGAUAUUCCACCUUUGUCAGAUUAUUAUCAGGCUCAAUUCAAGAAUGUAAAGCAGAUUUAUAAGCAAAUUGAGAGCAAUACAUUAAGACAGGUUUUAGUCGACAGUGGAUUAAUUGAAAGAAUGAGUUUAGAGGCCGUUGUAAAAAUUGUAAAAGUUUUUAAACGUAUUUCUCACUGUGAUUUAUGUCCACCGCAAAAAAUUCUAAUAAAGAAUAUUGACAUUUAUAUGAUAUUCGUUAUCAUAAAAAAAGAGGAGAAUGAAUUUUAUGCCUUUAAACAUGUGCAUAAUACUUUGACUUUGCUGAUAAAUAGUGUUGAUGAAGGAGAAUUUUCUAAAGCAAUCGUUAAUAAUUCGUUGUACAGAAUAGGAAGAAUUUCUACUUUCGAAGAAACUCUUAAAAAUGUCAAUGAAGAUUACACUUCAUUUAUUUCAAGAGUUGCAGAUAUGAGAGCAAAAGUCAUCGUGAACAGCCUAAUCACGAACUAUAAUGAUCCAACUACAGGAGAGGAAAUUUUCGGUUAUUUAAAAUUAUUCAUUCCAUUUUACACCUGCGUUGAAGAUAUAAUAGACAGUAAAGUUGUCGAAGCAAUUAUAGACUGUUCUCUAGAUAUUAUAAGUCUUAUUCCAGGUAUUGGUCAUUCAACAAAAUUUGCAAAUGGCCUGAGUAGUAGUUUAAUAAAAGCUGUAACAAAAAACUAUGUUAAAAUUGCUACCCUUGGAUUUAAGAAAGUUCUACAAUUAGGUUUCAUACAAUUAUCAAAAAUAUCAAUAACGACUGUAGCAAAACAAAUUGUCAACAUGAAUUUUUUAAAAAAAGUCACAUUCUUCUUUCUUCGACAAAUGGAUCCUGGAUUUGAACUUUGUUACCGUUUAGGUAAACAAGGCUAUGUGACACUACACAUUACGUAUAAGUUGAUGUAUAAGAGAUUUAAGAAAUUUUCAGUAAACAAAAAUCUUCUGCAAGUAUUGAAAACAAUGACGACGAAUUUGGAAAAAAUGGUAGUAACGUCUGAUUUAGGAGGAUUAGCGAGAAAGGUUCUUACUAAAAAAGUGGGAAUCAUCAAAUGAUACGAUACUAUUACCCAGGUGGGAAUAAUUAUAUUGGACCAAAAUGUGUCGAAGCUUUUGGAGAAAUUGUGGAAAUUAGAACGAUUAGAGGAAGAGAGGGGAAGUCAUACGUCAAGCGGAUAAAGACCGAGGAGCAAAAACCUUACUUUCGUGAAUUUAAUAUAAAUACGGGACAUGUUAAUAAGGAAACACUGGAAAUUGGUGUAGAUGGUAUUCUACAGAUUGUAAAGGCUGUCAAGAAGGAUAAGGGAUAUUAUGUAAAGGUUGAAAUAAUUAAUGUACCGGAGUAGUACAAUAGCUCUCUUUAUAACUUAUUUAACGAAUGAGUCAAUUACAAAGAAUACUGCUGUAAUGAUGAAAUAAAAAGAAUUUAAUCUUUAAUCGUUUGUUUAAUUACCCUAAGGAACAAAAAUUUACAAAAUGUUUUGAUCUAUAAUCAAACCCUGAGAAUUAGCAGAAGCUAAGACUUAAAAGUUAAAGAUGCUUUUAGUAAUAUUUUAGAAAUAUUUUCUGAUGCAGUUAUAGCUGCAGAAUCCUUUAGGUCUUUUAGUGGCUAUUUACACAUUGCUUCUGGAUUUUUAGGGAGAUUAAGGAAGGAUUAGUGAAUAUUGAUAAGUUAAUAAUAAGUUAAUUUUUAUUUAAGUUUAUUCUGCUGAUCGGCUAAAAAAUUAUUUGGGUAAUGCAGAAAUAUUUGAGGAUGCAGUUAAAGCUACAAAUUAAUUUGUGUCUUUUAAUGACUCUUUAGAUAUUCCUCCUGGUUUUUUUUAAAUUUGCGGAUUUAGAAUAUGUCGCUGAUGCUCCUAAUACUUUUGCAGAUUUUUUAGAAAUUUCUCUUGGUGUUUUAGCAAGAAUUGUUGAUUUAGGAAAUGUCGUUGAUGCUCCUAAUACGUUUUCAGAUUCUUUAGGAACAUCUUUUGGUGUUUUAGGAAGAUUUGCGGAUUUAGUGAAUAUCGUUGAUGCUCCUAAUACUUUUUCAGACUCUUUAGAAACCUUUCCUGGUACUUUAAGAAGUUUUUAGGAUUAAGUGAAUAUUAUUGAUGCACUAAUACUUUCCUAGUGACUCAGAAACAUCUGCAGAUGCAGUUACCCCAAAAGAACCUCAUUAGUAUUUUGGUGAAUCUGCUAAAAAUCCUCUUGGUGCUUUAGGAACAUUUGCUGAUGCUCCUAAUACUCUUAACACUUUUGCUUUAUUUCUAAUUUUUCCUAGCAUUUCAAGAACAAUUACGAAUCUACUUAAUCCAACUUGUUAUUCUAUAUCCCCAGCAGAACAUUUAAAAAUCUCCCCAAAUUUAUAUCAACAAUUUUCAAAAGUAAUAAUUCAAAAAAAUUACCUCUUUUUC